AUGCCGGAGCACCGCCUGCCGACAUCUGCCCAGGCUGCGGCCGGGCCCCGCCGCCAUUCCCGACGGCCGCGGCGCCGUUGCCGCCUGCUCCUCCUCCCGGCCUUCACCCUCGCGCUCCUCUCCCUCGCCUACCUCUCCUUCUCCUCCCACUCCAGCCUCCCCUUGCACGAGAAUGUUGGGAAGGAAAUGGAUAAGAGGUACACACUCAAUGCCACCGUCAAGGAAAAUGUCUCUAUGACUAUAGAAGAGUCUGAACCCUUCAUAAGAAAAAAGAAACCUCAUAAGCAUUAUGUGCCCUGUGAAAUUGAGUUUUUGCCGUCCGUUGAAAAUCUUGUGGAGCCUGCUGACUACAACAAUUUUACCCAGUUCUCAUUGAGCUAUUUCUUGGAAGAGGAACAUUUGGCUGGUAACGGAUCAUUGUUUGGAGGGCACCAGAGUCUUCAAGAAAGAGAGGGGACAUACUAUGCAAAAAACCAAAGUCUCCACUGUGGUUUUGUAGAAGGUCCAGACGGUUACCCUAGUAGUGGAUUUGAUUUGUAUGAACAUGACAGGGCUUAUAUGGAUACCUGCCGUGUUGUGGUGUCAUCAUGCAUUUUUGGAGGCUCUGAUUACUUAAGGAGACCAACUAAAAGCAAGAUCAGCUCAUACUCUAAGAAGAAUGUAUGCUUCAUCAUGUUCCUGGAUGAGCUAACGUUGGCAACCCUUUCCUCUGAAGGACACGUCCCUGAUGAAACUGGAUCCAUUGGUCUUUGGAGAAUUGUUGUAGUUAAGAACUUACCCUACAAAGAUAUGCGGAGAGCAGGAAAGGUGCCAAAACUUCUGGCUCAGCGACUCUUCCCAUCUGCCUUGUACUCCAUCUGGUUGGAUAGCAAACUGCGUCUUAAUGCUGAUCCAAUGCUUAUCAUUGAAUAUUUCUUAUGGAGAAAGAAAGCAGAAUAUGCCAUUUCAGUGCACUAUGAUCGCACAUGUGUCUGGGAGGAAGUGCUUCAGAACAAGCGCUUAAACAAGUACAAUCACACUGCUAUCGACGAACAGUUUUACUUUUACCAGUCUGACGGCCUUUUGAAGUUUAAUGAUUCUGGCCAAGAGCCUCUUCUACCAAGUUAUGUGCCCGAAGGAUCUUUCAUUGUUCGUGCCCAUACACCAAUGUCUAAUUUAUUUUCAUGCCUUUGGUUCAAUGAGGUCAACCGUUUCACCUCACGUGAUCAAUUGAGUUUUACAUACACUUACUUGAAGCUCAGAAGAAUGAACACAGGAAGAAAUUUUCACCUAAAUAUGUUUAAGGACUGUGAAAGAAGAGCAGUAGCUAAACUCUUCCACCACCGAACUAACGGAACUACAGAUCCACCACCAACUAAUCUUCGUAUGGACAGUAAAACCCAUUCAUCAAUGCCAAGCUAAGAUUGCACUGAGGAAUUGAUGGCAAGACUACAUUUCAUUUUGAGAUGUGUACAAUGCAUCCAGGUGUUUCUACAGUUCCCUUUUGCAGGAGAAAUCAUAGGAAGCACCAAUGUAUUCUGCUGUGAUCAGAGGAACAGAAAACACCAAGUCCCAAUCGUGCAUGUCUACUUUGUACAUGGCAGAAAUCUACCGGUGAUCACUUUCUCGGGAUAUUAUAGUCAAUUUCAACUCACUGCUGAUGGUCACUGCUCACUGAAGGAACAAACUUACUGGUCGGAGAUCACCUAAGAAGUCUUUAUCAUUUCCAGACUAAGUUAGAACAUGUUCCAGGACAAUUUCUGAAGGUUCUUUAUUAUAGUGCUCGGAAUUUUUUUGGAUGUAUUUUUUAUGUACUACAACUUUUGAAUCAGUGAGCUUUGGUCGU